UUAAUCCGUUCUUCUCCGCUCUUUCGUUCCCUCACAGACAGUCCGAGUUGUUGGAUGGCUCCGAACCUGAGAGACAUCCAAUUGAGCUCGGCCGCCGGCCGACGGGGGAUCUCGGCUAGGGGGGAUGACGGCGACCUCGAGGACGUCCGGCUGCUCGACUCCUACGACGAGGAGGAGGCGGCGGCGCUGCCGGAGUGGACCGGGAGGGAGGAGGCGGACAAGGGGGUGAGGCGAAUCCAAGUCAGGGUCACCGGGAUGACUUGCUCGGCUUGCACCGGGGCCGUGGAGGGCGCGAUCUCCGCACUUCCCGGCGUCGCCCGGGCCUCCGUCUCUCUUCUGCAGAACAAGGCCCACGUCGUCUUCGAUCCCAAUCUCGUCGAGGAUGUAGACAUAAGAGAUGCUAUUGAAGAUGCAGGAUUCGAGGCAGAGGUCCUGCCAGACUCUAGCAAUAGUCAGAUGAGGUCUCAGAAGACCUUGUCUGGGCAGUUUACGAUAGGAGGCAUGACUUGUUCGGCCUGUGUAAACUCUAUUGAAGGCAUCUUGAGUAAACUCCCUGGUGUGAAAAGGGCGGUUGUUGCUUUGGCAACCUCAUUAGGGGAAGUUGAAUAUGAUCCAUCAGUAAUUACAAAAGAUGAAAUUGUUCAUGCAAUUGAGGAUGCAGGCUUUGAUGCAGCCUUUUUGCAAAGCAAUGAACAAGAUAAAGUUUUGUUGACUGUAGCUGGAUUCUCGAGUAUAUCAGAUGUACAUGUUAUACAAGGAAUAUUGAGGAACCUGAAAGGGGUGAAGCAGUUUGAGGCAAAUAUUAGUCUUUCAGAAGUGGAAGUCAUCUUUGAUCCAGAAGCUAUUGGUUUGAGAUCUAUAGUUGAUGCAAUCGAGAAAGGAAGUAAUGGUAAGUUAAAGGCAUCUGUCCAGAGCCCUUAUACACUAGUCACUUCCAAUCAUGUAGAAGAAGCAUCAAAGAUGCUCCGGCUUUUCCUCUCCAGUCUCAUACUCAGCAUUCCUGUCUUCUUCAUACGGAUGGUUUGUCCUCGUAUAGGCUUUCUCAAUUCUUUCUUGCUGAUACACUGUGGACCCUUUUUGUUGCGGGAUUUACUGAAGUGGAUACUAGUGAGCAUUGUUCAGUUUGUUAUUGGUAAAAGAUUCUAUGUAGCAGCUUAUAAAGCACUGAGGCAUUGGUCUACAAACAUGGACGUUCUGGUUGUACUUGGGACUUCUGCUUCUUAUUUCUAUUCAGUCGGUGCACUGUUUUAUGGUGCAUUUACUGGAUUUCGGCCUCCAAUAUAUUUUGAGACAAGUGCUAUGAUUAUAACAUUUGUCUUACUUGGGAAGUACUUGGAAGUGGUUGCGAAGGGUAAAACAUCAGAUGCUAUCAAGAAGCUGGUAGAACUUGCUCCUGCAACGGCUCUGUUACUGGUCAAAGAUGAAGAAGGAAGAUACAUGGGGGAGAGAGAGAUAGAUGCACUGUUAAUUCAACCUGGUGAUAUCUUGAAAGUUCUUCCUGGUUCAAAGAUUCCGUCUGAUGGCAUUGUAACUUGGGGCGCAAGCCAUGUUGAUGAAAGUAUGGUGACUGGUGAAUCGGAACCGAUCCCGAAGGAAGUGUCUUCUGCAGUUGUUGGAGGUACAAUGAACUUAAAUGGCGCACUUCAUAUUCAAGCCACAAGAGUGGGAUCUAAUACAGUCCUGAGUCAAAUCAUAUCUCUGGUGGAGACUGCCCAGAUGUCUAAGGCUCCAAUUCAGAAAUUUGCAGAUUAUGUUGCCAGUAUAUUUGUUCCCAUUGUUAUCACCAUAUCCUUGUUAACGUUCUUGGGAUGGUUUCUCUGUGGAUUGCUAGGAGCAUAUCCUGAUUCAUGGGUUGAGGAAAGUAGCAAUUGCUUUGUUUUUUCACUCAUGUUCUCAAUAUCAGUGGUGGUGAUUGCCUGCCCCUGUGCCCUUGGUCUGGCAACUCCAACAGCUGUCAUGGUAGCUACUGGUGUUGGUGCUUCUCAUGGUGUCUUAAUUAAAGGAGGAGAUGCUUUGGAGAGAGCACAGAAUGUGCACUAUGUGAUCUUCGAUAAAACGGGCACCCUUACUCAAGGCAAAGCAGCUGUUACAACAGCAAAAGUUUUUACAGAAAUGGAACUAGCAGAUUUUCUUACUUUAGUCGCAUCUGCAGAGGCUAGCAGUGAGCACCCUCUUGCUAGGGCAAUCCUAGAUUAUGCAUACCAUUAUAAUUUCUUUGAUAAGCUUCCUACAGUUGAAGGUGCUACCAAGCAGAGCAGAGAGGAAAUCUUGUCUGAGUGGCUUCUGGAAGCUAUUGAGUUUUCUGCUUUGCCUGGGAGAGGUGUGCAGUGCUUGAUCGAUGAGAAGAAAGUUCUGGUUGGCAAUCGGGCUCUAUUAGCUGAAAAUGGGGUUACUGUUCCUAUGGAAGCUGAAAAUUUCUUGAUAGACUUGGAAGUAAAUGCUAAAACAGGUAUACUUGUGGCUUAUGAUGGUAGCUUCAUUGGACUCCUGGGGAUUGCUGAUCCCCUGAAAAGAGAAGCAGCAGUUGUCGUAGAAGGCAUAAAAAAAAUGGGUGUCCAUCCGGUCAUGGUAACUGGAGAUAAUUGGAGGACUGCCCAAGCAGUUGCAAAAGAGGUUGGAAUUGAAGAUGUGAGAGCUGAAGUGAUGCCGGCAGGAAAAGCAGACGUCAUUCGCUCGCUUCAAAAGGAUGGAAGCAUAGUUGCGAUGGUUGGUGAUGGCAUCAACGAUUCGCCUGCUCUGGCAGCUGCUGAUGUUGGGAUGGCAAUUGGUGCUGGAACAGAUAUCGCUAUCGAAGCUGCAGACUACGUCUUGGUGAGAAACAGCCUUGAGGAUGUGAUUACGGCUAUCGAUCUCUCGAGGAAGACCUUUGCCCGGAUACGUUGGAACUACUUCUUCGCAAUGGCAUACAACAUCGUGGCAAUACCUGUCGCAGCUGGUGUCCUCUUUCCCCUCGCAGGUCUAAGGAUGCCACCAUGGUUGGCCGGCGCUUGCAUGGCCUUCUCAUCUGUCAGCGUCGUUUGCUCUUCUUUGCUUCUCCGAAGGUACAGAAAACCUAGGCUUACCACCAUAUUGCAAAUAACUGUAGAAUAAUGAGUAUGUGAGUUUCCAUUAUGUGCUUUAUCACAAGAAGAAAAUGUAUUUUUAA